ACCUUCCAGUCUUGACUCAUUAUCACCAUCGCCAUGUAUUUUUCAACUCUUGUGCUCGCCUCGUUGGCGAUUAUCUGCCUCUCAGCUCCCAGUGUAUCUGCGGAUCAGCAACCAAUUGGCGCUUCCGAGCCCAACACCAUCAGCUCAUCAUGGACCAAAGAAUUGAUCUCGCUCCACCGUCAUCUCAUCACCACCGAAUCCAUCAGCGGCAACGAAUACGAUGUUGGAAAGUGGUUAUCCAAAUAUCUCAAAGAUGACGACUGGACCAUUGAGACUCAAAAGGUCAACCACGACAGCUCUCGUCUCAACAUUCUGGCCUAUCCUGGAAAGGUCCGCAAUCCCGAUUUGUUGAUUUCCAGCCAUAUCGACACUGUACCUCCUUUCUACCCCUACAAAAUAUACUCUAAUGAUUCCGAAACCAUCAUCUCUGGACGUGGAAGUGUGGAUGCCAAGGCUUCUGUCGCGGCUCAAAUCAUCGCUACCAAGAAGCUUCUGGCAGAGAAGAAGUUGAAGAAGGAUGAUGUUGCCUUGCUCUACGUUGUUGGCGAGGAGGUUCAUGGCGAUGGUAUGCGUGCAGCCAACGCAUUGGAAUUGACACCCAAGACCAUCAUCUUCGGUGAGCCCACUGAGGGCAAACUUGCUACUGGUCACAAGGGUAUGCUAGGCUUCACCAUCAACGCCUUCGGAAAGGCAGCACACAGCGGCUACCCCUGGCUCGGCCGCAGCGCAAACGAAGUCCUGGUCAAAUCCCUCUCCGCCUUGAUGCAACUCGGUCUCGAACUCCCCAAGAGCGACAAAUACGGCUCCACCACCAUCAACCUCGGUAAAAUCGAAGGCGGUGUCGCUGGGAACGUCGUCGCUCAAAACGCCACCGCUCAAAUCGCCAUCAGAAUCGCCGCUGGAACACCUGAUGACAUCGGCAAGCGUGUUGUCGAGGUGAUCAAGGAGGCCACUGAAGAGUUCAAACUCCCUGGUCACGAAGAUGAGGAAAUGUUUGAAAUUGUAUUUGCAGGCAAGGGUUACGGUCCUGUCGAUAUCGAUCAUGAUGUCGAGGGCUUCGGAACUAUUACCGUCAACUACGGCACUGACAUUCCUAACCUCGAGAAGCUCGACGGACAGAAGAGAUAUCUCUACGGUCCUGGAUCUAUUCUUGUCGCUCACUCUGAUCACGAAGCCAUCACACUCACCGAUCUCAAGACUGCAGUCAAGGACUAUGAGAAGUUGAUUCUGCACAGCUUUGUAUAGACGUCUAUCUGAAGGGAUGACGUGUAGUUGUAAAUAAGAUGGUGUAAUCUGUAUAACGAAUAGUGGAUGUAGUUGAACAGAAAUCUCAAUGUAAUUCUCGGAUCCUCUCCCUC